AUGGACAUUGGAAUUUACUGGGAUACUGUUUUAAACCACAAGGCUGAGGCUGAUUCUUCAAUCGAGAAUUUCACAGUUGUUAAGAUGGACACAGAAGGUGAUUUUCCCCCUAGUGACAGAGAGAAAAUUAGAAUAAUGGGGUAUCUCGACGUCGAAGAUCGCCGGUUGGGUCAGGUUCGACUUUCUGGGACGUGGUGA